AAAGGGAAUGGAAAGAGAGGGAGAGGAAAUGAGAGAGGAAGGAGGGUGAACUGCUUUGUAGCUGCUAAGAUUGCAGACAGAAAUAGCACACAACCACCGUGAGCUGUGUGCGACUCAGAAACCAAGACCAAAUUGUAUUCACUUUUAUUAAUCAGUUGCUCAGAAAGAAGGAAAUGACAUCUGGUCCUGUCUUCUUCUACAUCUUAAUUUUGGGUAAAUAUUUCCUUCACGGGAGUGGGCAGGAUGUCAAGUGCUCCCUCGGCUAUUUCCCCUGUGGGAAUAUCACCAAGUGCUUGCCUCAGCUUCUUCAUUGCAAUGGUGUGGACGACUGUGGCAACCAAGCGGAUGAGGACAACUGCGGAGACAACAAUGGAUGGCCUAUACAAUUUGACAAAUACUUUGCCAGUUACUACAAAAUGACUUCCUUGUAUCACUUUGAGACACGAACAUCUGAAUGCCUGGUCGGUUCUGUGCCCGUUCCAUGUCUUUGCCGAGGUUUAGAGGUUGACUGUGAUGAGACCAAUUUACGAGCUGUUCCAUCAGUUUCUUCAAAUGUGACUAAAAUGUCACUUCAGCGGAACUUAAUAAGAAAGCUUCCUCCUGAUGGCUUCAAGAAGUACCAUCACCUUCAGAAGCUGUGCCUGCAAAACAAUAAUAUUAGAUCCAUAUCCAUCUAUGCUUUCAGAGGACUAUACAGUCUUACUAAACUGUAUCUCAGUCAUAACAGAAUAACUUUCUUGAAGCCGGGUGUUUUUGAAGAUCUCCACAGACUAGAAUGGCUGAUAAUUGAAGAUAAUCACCUCAGUCGAAUUUCCCCACUAACAUUUUAUGGACUAAAUUCUCUUAUUCUCUUAGCACUGAUGAAUAAUGUCCUCACCCAUUUGCCGGAUAAACCUCUUUGCCAGCACAUGCCAAGACUGCACUGGCUGGACUUUGAAGGCAACCAUAUCCAUAAUUUAAGAAAUUUGACUUUUAUUUCCUGCAGUAAUUUAACUGUUUUGGUAAUGAGGAAAAACAAAAUUAAUCAUCUAAGUGAAAAUACUUUUGCACCUCUACAAAAGCUAGAUGAAUUGGAUUUAGGAAGUAAUAAGAUUGAAAAUCUUCCACCACAAGUAUUUAAGGAUCUGAAGGAGCUCUCACAAUUGAAUCUUUCCUAUAACCCAAUCCAGAAAAUUCAAGCAAAUCAAUUUGAUUAUCUUGUCAAACUCAAGUCUCUCAGCCUAGAAGGAAUUGAAAUUUCAAAUAUCCAACAAAGGAUGUUUAGACCUCUAAUGAAUCUCUCUCACAUAUAUUUUAAGAAAUUCCAGUACUGUGGGUAUGCACCACAUGUUCGCAGCUGUAAACCAAACACUGAUGGAAUCUCAUCUCUCGAGAACCUCUUGGCAAGCAUUAUUCAGAGAGUAUUUGUCUGGGUUGUAUCUGCAGUCACAUGCUUUGGAAACGUCUUUGUCAUUUGUAUGAGACCUUAUAUCAGGUCUGAGAACAGACUGCAUGCCAUGUCAAUCAUUUCUCUCUGCUGUGCUGACUGCCUAAUGGGAAUAUAUUUGUUUGUCAUUGGAGCCUUCGAUCUCAAGUUUCGUGGAGAAUACAACAAGCACGCGCAGCUGUGGAUGGAGAGCAUUCACUGUCAGAUUGUAGGAUCUUUGGCCAUUCUAUCCACAGAAGUAUCAGUGUUACUUCUAACGUUUCUGACACUGGAAAAAUAUAUCUGCAUUGUCUAUCCUUUUAGAUGUUUAAGACCUAAAAAAUGCAGAACAAUUACAGUUCUGAUUCUCAUUUGGAUGACUGGGUUUAUCGUGGCUUUCAUUCCAUUGACCAAUAAGGAAUUUUUCAAAAACUACUAUGGCACCAAUGGCGUGUGCUUCCCUCUUCAUUCAGAAGACACAGAAAGUACUGGAGCUCAGAUUUACUCCGUGGCAAUUUUUCUCGGUAUUAACUUGGCAGCAUUUAUCAUCAUAGUUUUUUCUUAUGGAAGCAUGUUUUAUAGCAUUCAUCAAAGUGCCAUAACAGCAACUGAAAUACGGAAUCAAGUUAAAAAAGAGAUGAUCCUUGCCAAACGGUUUUUCUUUAUUGUAUUUACUGAUGCAUUAUGCUGGAUACCCAUUUUUGUGCUGAAAUUUCUUUCAUUGCUUCAGGUAGAAAUACCAGGUACCAUAACCUCUUGGGUAGUGAUUUUUAUUCUGCCUAUCAACAGUGCUUUGAACCCAAUUCUGUAUACUCUGACCACAAGACCAUUCAAGGAAAUGAUUCAUCAGUUUUGGUAUAACUACAGAAAAAGAAGAUCUAUUGACAGCAAAGGAAGUCAGAAAACAUAUGCUCCGUCUUUCAUCUGGGUAGAAAUGUGGCCGCUGCAGGAGAUGCCACCUGAGUUAAUAAAGCCAGCUCUUUUCACAGACCCCUGUGAAUUGUCACUAAUUUCUCAAUCAACUAGACUCAAUUCCUAUUCAUAACGGACUUUGAAACCCAUUUCUACACAGAGAAUAUUAUGGGAUGCUUCAUGAUGGAUUUAUUAGUAUAAAAUGAAUGCCACAAAAUUAAUAAUUUAUAAUGGCUGAGAUAAAACCAUUACAAAGACAUGAGGUUAUUUGGGAAAAAUCAAAGUGACUGAUGCCCAUAUAAAGGGAAAUAAAUUAUACUGAUAAUGUGUAUAUAUUAGUACAUAUUUUGCAUAGGAAAUUAAGAGAAAUCUAUUUCAGAAAGACUCAUUCAUUCUUUUACUAGGCAUUUAUUGAGUACCCACUAUGUGUAUAGCACUGCAGUAAAUUUCUGGAAGUAUAGAACCUGGAAGUAUAGAAUAGUAUAGAACCUUUUCAAUUUGCAAUGUUAAAUUAUGUUUAGCUACAACAGAAUAGAUGCAGCUCUUAGAUGAAGGUAGAGCUUUAUCUGUCAUGCACAUAGCAAACAUAAUAAUCAUGGACACUUUUAAAUAAAGGUUUAAGGUUUUGUAAUACUCAAUGUAAUGAAAAAUGA